AUGUCUGAUCCGCUUUUCGAGGCCGUUUCCGACGACGAGCACGUCGAAUCCGAGCUCACCAGGCUGCUGCAGGAGGACCGCGAGACAGAAGAGCUCACGGUGCCGGUGGUAGUCCGCGAAAUCGAGCCUGCGCCGGUGCGUCCUGCUUUCGCGGGCCGCGAGGACAGGACCAUCAAUCUCACGCUUAGCCUCGGCUACCAGCGGCAGAUCGUCCAGGAUCUCGUCGAGGACGACGGAUUGGUUAUACUGGGCCGCGGUCUGGGGCUUGAGACCAUUGUGGCGAACCUGUUGCACGUUCUAGGGCUGUCUGUGAUAGAGGACAAAAAGAGCCUGGUUCUGCUGGUGAACGCGAGCGAUGCCGAGCUAUACAAGAUCGGCGAGGAGUUGCGCGAGCUGGCAUGGCUUGACGGCAAGGAAGAGGCCGUCUCGUUUCUGUCUGUGAGCCGGGACCCUACCACGCUGGACAAGCGACGCCGGUUAUACGAAAAGGGCGGGAUCCUGGCCAUAACCACGCGGGUUCUGGUGACGGACUUUCUCGGAGACGUCCUGAACCCAGACCUUGUGACCGGCAUCGUGAUUUUGCAUGCGGAGCGCGUCAAGGAGUACUCGAGCGAGCGGUUUAUUGCCAAUUUGUACCGGAAGAAAAAUAAAUGGGGGUUUAUCAAGGCGCUCUCCGACGAGCCGGAGAGCAUGGGCGCUGGGUUCCAGCCGCUGUACACGCGACUGAAGUACCUGCGGCUCCAGAAAGUUAUGCUAUGGCCGCGGUUCCAUGUGGACAUAACCAACUCGCUCAAGUCGCGCAAGCUAGAGAACAAAGUCACCGAAAUCAACGUCCAGAUGACAGACUACAUGCUGAAAAUCCAGACCGGGCUGCUUGCGUGUAUGGAGGCAUGCAUAAACGAGCUAAAGCGACAUAACCCGGAGAUCGCGUCCGAGUACUGGACGAUCGAGAACGCGCUGGACGACGAGUUUGUGCGCAGCAUCCGCGCCACACUCGACCCGUACUGGCACAGGGUCUCGUCCACGACAAAGCAGGUGCUGUACGACUUUGCCACGCUGCGAGAGCUGCUCGGCCGGCUGUUUACGUGGGACUCUGUGCAGUUCUACCAGGAGUUAUCGAGUAUCGUGGAGGCGAACAAGCCGUCGGUAACGAACAACAACAGGACUAUGGCGCCAUGGCUGCUGUUGGACGAGGCCAUGACGGUUAUAUCGUGCAGCAAGGCCCGGGUUUUCGAUAAGGUUCGCGACGACGACGACGCAGAGGCCACAUAUUUGCUGGAAGAGCUCCCCAAAUGGGAGCAGCUGGCGAUGAUUCUGGACGACAUCAACGAGGAAAAAAAGCACGGUGACCACACUGAGGACGGGCCGGUCCUGAUCAUGUGCUCAACAGCGCACUGCUGUAACCAGCUGCGCAAUUUUCUGGUGAGUUAUAAAGAGUACCGCGCCGGCAACCGUACCGGGUUCAGUGCGCGCAGGCUGAUGGUGCGGACUUUGAAGCAGCAUCUGGCGUGGAAGAAAGGCACGGGCAGCCACACGGUGAAAAUCCAAAAGGAGCUCAACAAGGUCUCGAACCAGGCCCGCGGCGACAUGGACGACGACGUGGCGGUGUCGCGGACGUUUGUACGUCGCAAGGCUGUGCCCAACAAACGGCGUCGUGCGCGCGGCGGUGCAGUUAUGACGUCGUAUAACCGCAUGCUGAGCAAGACGGAAGGCGACGGCACCGUGGACGACGCGGUCCACGAGGCGAUGGUCGAUCUGCUGGAAAACGAGGUGGGCGGUGACCUUAGCGACGACGACGUCAAGCAGGAGGACCCGGGCUCUGUGCCGCCGGAAGAGGUUGGGGAGUCUAUGGACCAUGCGGAGCAGACUCCGGAUUUCGAGGAGGUGCGCUCGCACGGCAUAACUUUCGAGUACGUGGACCGCGCAGACCAGGUCAUCAUCGAGAAAUUCGACGCCAAGGCCAGUAACUACCUGCUAGAGGAAGUGAUGCCGUCGUACAUCAUUCUGUACGAGCCGAAUUUGGCCUUUAUCCGGCGGGUCGAACUGUUCCAGUCUUUGCGGCACACAAACCCUGCCCGGUGCUAUUUCAUGUACUACGGAGACUCCAUCGAGGAGCAGGGCUAUCUGAACAGCAUUAAGCGGGAGAAGGACGCCUUCACGCGACUGAUCAGGGAAAAAUCGAUGCUGCCAAAGACGUUCAUAACCGACGAGGACGAGAGCGCUAGGUUCCUGCCGACGCUGGCGCAGAGCACGAGAAUCGCCGGCGCGAACCCGCUCGACACGAAAAACAAGGUCGUGGUCGAUGUGCGGGAGUUCCGUUCGCAGCUGCCUUUUCUGUGCUACCUGGCCGCCAUGGAAGUUAUUCCCUGCAUGCUCACGGUCGGCGACUACGUGUUGUCGCCCAAAAUAUGCAUCGAGCGCAAGUCGAUUCCGGACCUGGUCAGUUCGCUGAAAAGCGGCCGGUUAUACCAGCAGUGCGAGCAGAUGUUCCGGUACUACGAGCUGCCGACGCUGCUGAUCGAGUUCGAGGAGGGAAAGUCGUUUUCGCUCGAGCCGUUCUCAGGCUACCGCGACGGGCGGCCGCUGGGCGCCGGCCCGGGCAGCACGUCCUUCCAGCAGGACCUGCAGCUGAAGCUCAUGAUGCUGCUGAUUGCGUUUCCGAGCCUGAAGAUCCUGUGGACGUCGUCGCCGUUCGAGACCGCGCGGCUGUUCCGGGAGCUCAAGCUCAGCCAGGACGAGCCGGACGUGGACAAGGCGAUCAGCGCCGGGCUGAACCCGCUGUUCGACAAGGACACCUACUUCAACGACACGGCGAUCGAGCUGAUCCAGAACAUCCCGGGCAUCAGCUCUGUGAACGUGCACCUGAUCAUCAACAAGGUGCGCAACAUCCGCGAGCUGGCGCAGAUGAGCGAGGCCGAGCUUGCGCCUCUUGUUGGACAGGAGGCCGCGGGCAAGAUCGUGCGGUUUUUUGAGCGCAGCAUAUAA